UAAAAGGUUAAAUUCGCCGCAUUGCAAUGGGCGCUCAGUCCACGGCAGUAAAAAAGGCUGCGAAUGUAGCUGGUGUGCGAUGACUGGAGCGCGUCAGUCGAGAACAGAUAUAUUUCCAAACUGCCCAGUCUGCGCUUCGGAAUGAAGCCUCGCAGGUAUUUUAAUUUUGCUCUCCGUUAAUAAUUCAUUGCAGGGGGUUGUUUCGAGGCUGGGCAGAGAGUUGGCCAAAAAAAAUAAUAAAGACAGAAAACCAGCGGCUAAGACUGCAGCUUCUGCAAUUCGGUAGCUUUUUUCCGAGCCUGCCUCCAGAAUAGGAGUGGCUAUUUAAACAUUACCAACCCCGGACGCAUCUGCAGGCUUUCUGGCUCGUACAGCCUCACCAAGUUGAUCGGUUUGGCUGAAACAGCACGCGAUAUUCAGACGAUCGGACAGAAGGCAUCCAUGGUGUUCUGACAGGAUCGAGAAGAGCUGCAAGGCAGGAUUUCGACAAGAGGGCGAUGUCUGGGAGGAAGGAGAGGCAGGUGUCGCUGGAGGAGGAGAGCUCCAGUGAGAAGAGCAGCUCGCCCACCCCAGGGGACACCCUGCCCUGGAACCUGGCCAAGCACCAGAGGACCAAGCGCUCCAAAUCCACGUCCGGCAACGGCACUGUGCUGGACCCUGCGGAGAGGGCCGUCAUCCGCAUCGCAGAUGAGAGAGACCGAGUACAGAAGAAGACAUUUACAAAAUGGGUCAACAAACACCUAAUAAAGGCUCAGCGCCACGUCAAUGACUUGUACGAGGACCUCAGAGAUGGACACAACCUGAUCUCACUCCUGGAGGUCCUCUCGGGCGAGACUCUGCCCAGAGAGAAAGGCCGCAUGCGCUUUCACAAGCUGCAGAAUGUUCAGAUUGCACUGGACUUCCUGAAGCACCGGCAGGUUAAACUGGUGAACAUCAGAAACGAUGACAUUGCAGAUGGAAACCCCAAAUUGACUCUUGGGCUGAUAUGGACUAUCAUUCUACACUUCCAGAUUUCUGACAUUCAGGUGUGCGGCCAGUCUGAGGACAUGACAGCCAAGGAGAAGCUGCUUCUCUGGGCUCAGCGCAUGGUCGAGGGCUACCAGGGCCUGCGCUGUGACAACUUCACCAGCAGCUGGAGGGAUGGCAGGCUCUUCAACGCUGUCAUUCACCGCCACAGACCGAUGCUGAUCGACAUGAACAAAGUCUACAGACAGACCAACACAGAGAACCUGGAGCAAGCUUUUACUGUGGCUGAGAAGGACCUAGGUGUCACAAGACUACUUGACCCUGAAGACGUGGACGUUCCUCAUCCUGAUGAGAAGUCUAUCAUCACCUAUGUCUCCUCCCUGUAUGACGCCAUGCCUCGCGUCCCGGACGUCCAGGAUGGGGUGAAGGCUAAUGAGCUGGAGCUGCGCUGGCAAGAGUACUAUGAGCUGGUCACCCUGCUGCUGCAGUGGAUCCGCCACCACGUCAUCAUCUUCGAGGAAAGAAAGUUCCCCACCAGCUACGAGGAGAUUGAGGUUUUGUGGCGACAGUUCUUGAAGUUUAAAGAAACUGAACUCCCUGCUAAAGAAGCUGACAAGAAUCGUUCUAAGCUCAUCUAUAAGUCCUUUGAGGGUGCUGUGCAGGCUGGCCAAGUCAAGGUUCCACCAGGUUUCCACCCCCUUGAUGUGGAGAAGGAGUGGGGACGCCUUCACGUGGCUAUUCUGGAGAGGGAGAGGCUCCUCCGGGCAGAGUUUGAUAGGUUAGAGAGAUUGCAGAGAAUCGUCAGCAAGAUCCAGAUGGAGUCUGGGGUUUGUGAGGAGCAGCUGAACCAGGUGGAGGCUCUCCUGCAGGCGGACAUCCGUUUCCUGAACAUGGGGAAGCCUGCCCAGAACACAGCCGAAAUUGAGAAGGACUUGGACAAGGCUGACGGGAUGAUCCGGCUGCUGUUCAAUGAUGUCCAGGUGCUGAAGGACGGCCGUCACCUGCAGGCGGAGCAGAUGUACCGAAGGGUGUACCGCCUUCAUGAGCGCCUGGUGGCUCUGCGCACCGAGUACAACCUGCGUCUGAAGUCAGGAGUGCCCCAGACUCAAGCUGUCCUGACCCAGACCGCCCAGCAACAGACCAUGCGGACGCGUCCCGAGCUGGACGAUGUGACCCUGCGCUACAUCCAGGACCUGCUGACGUGGGUGGAGGAGAAUCAGCGGCGCAUCGACGGGGCAGAGUGGGGCUCCGACCUCCCCUCUGUGGAGUCCCACCUGGGCAGCCACCGUGGCCUCCAUCAGUCCAUCGAAGACUUCCGCGCCAAAAUCGAGCGGGCGCGCGCAGACGAGAAUCAGCUCUCACCCGUGAGCAGGGGGGCUUACAGAGAUUAUUUAGGGAAGCUGGACCUGCAGUAUACCAAGCUGCUGACUUCCUCCAAGUCUCGUCUCCGCAACCUCGACCAGCUUCACGCCUUUGUGUCGGCUGCAACCAAGGAGCUCAUGUGGCUGAACGACAAAGAGGAGGAGGAAGUGAACUACGACUGGAGUGACCGCAACACCAACAUGACCGCAAAGAAAGACAACUACUCGGGUCUGAUGCGGGAGCUGGAGCAGAGAGAGAAGAAGGUGAAUGACACUCAGGCCAAUGGCGAGAGGCUGCUGAAGGAAGGGCACCCAGGCAGGAAGACAGUGGAGGCCUUCAUGGCAGCCUUGCAGACGCAGUGGAGUUGGAUUCUACAACUGUGCUGCUGCAUUGAGGCUCACCUCAAGGAAAAUACAGCAUACUUCCAGUUCUUCUCAGAUGUGAAGGAUGCGGAUGAACACCUGAAGAAGAUUCAGGAAUCCAUGAAGAAGAAAUACAGUUGCGACAGGUCUAUCACGGUCACACGGCUCGAGGACCUGCUGCAGGAUGCCAUGGAAGAGAAGGAGCAGCUAAAUGAGUACAAGGCUCACCUGGCGGGGCUCAAUAAGCGUGCCAAGACCAUUGUCCAGCUGAAGCCUCGUAACCCAGCCAACCCCCUGAGAAGCAAGCUUCCAGUCCAGGCUGUGUGUGACUUCAAGCAGAUGGAGAUCACAGUGCACAAAGGGGAUGAAUGCGUUCUGUUGAAUAACUCCCAGCCCUUCAAGUGGAAAGUGCUGAAUGCUUCAGGGAAUGAAGCUGUGGUGCCAUCAGUGUGCUUCCUCAUCCCACCUCCAAACAAGGAGGCCCUGGACUCUGUCUCCAGCUUGGAUUCAGUCCACCAGAAGUUGGUAACCAUGUGGCACCACCUGCACAUCGACAUGAAGAGCUUGCUGUCCUGGCAGUACCUGAUCCGUGACAUUCAGCAGAUUCAGUCCUGGAACAUUAUCAUGUUUAAGACCCUGAAGCCUGAGGAGUACAGGCUGAUCCUCCGGAACCUGGAGCUGCAUUACCAGGACUUCAUGAGAGACAGUCAGGACUCCCAGCUGUUCGGAGCAGAUGACCGCAUGCAGGUGGAGAGUGACUACAGCAAGUCCACCCACCACUACGAAACCCUGAUGCGCACACUGGAGAAAGGAGAGCAAGACGAGUCAGUGUGCAAGAGCUUCAUCUCCCAGAUCAAGGACAUCCGCCUGCAGCUGGAAGGCUGUGAGUCUCGCACCAUCCACAAGAUCCGAAUGCCCCUGGACAAGGACCCCCUGAAGGACUGUGCCCAGAGGAUAACAGAGCAGAAGAAAAUCCACACUGAGCUGGAGGGCAUCAAGAGGAACCUGGACAAGGUGGCAGAGAAGACCGAGGCAGUCCUGGCAUCACCUCAGCAAUCCAGCUCUGCUCCAGUCCUGCGUUCUGAGCUUGACAUCACCCUGCAGAAGAUGGACCAUGUCUACAGCCUCUCCUCUGUCUACCUUGACAAGCUGAAGACGAUUGACCUGGUCAUCCGCAGCACCCAGGGCGCGGAGGAAGUGGUCAAGAAGUAUGAAGACCGCCUCAGAGAGGUCAACAAGGUGCCUGCCGAUACCAAGGAGGUGGAGACCUACCGAACUCAGCUCAAGAAAACCCGCAAUGAGGCAGAGGGUAACCAGCCUUUGUUUGACGGUCUGGAGGGUGAGCUGAGCAAAGCCGCUACUGUGAGCGAGCGCAUGUCCCGAGUGCACAGCGAGCGCGACGCCGACCUCGAGCGUUACCGCCAGUGCGUGAACAGCCUGCUGGAGCGAUGGCAGGGCAUCUUCACCCAGAUUGACCUGCGCCAGCGCGAGCUUGAGCAGCUGGGCCGCCAGCUGCGCUACUACCGGGAGAGCUAUGACUGGCUGAUCAACUGGAUUGGAGAUGCCAAGCAGCGCCAGGAGAAGAUCCAGGCCGUGCCCAUUGGUGACAGCAAGACACUCAAGGAGCAGCUCACCCAGGAGAAGAAACUUUUGGAAGAGAUCGAGAAAAACAAAGAAAAGGUGGAUGAGUGCCAGACGUACGCCAAGGGAUACAUUGAUGCCAUCAAGGAUUAUGAGCUUCAGCUGGUAACUUACAAAGCCAUGGUGGAGCCGCUGGCCUCUCCUCUCAAGAAAGCUAAAGUAGAGUCCGCGUCUGACAACAUCAUCCAGGAGUAUGUCACCCUGAGAACCCGCUACAGUGAGCUCAUGACUCUGACCAGCCAGUACAUCAAGUUCAUCACAGACACACAGCGCCGCCUGGAGGUGGAGGAGAAAGCUGCUGAGAAACUAAAGGAGGAAGAGAGGAAAAAGAUGGCAGAGAUGCAGGCUGAGUUAGAGAAACAGAAGCAGUUAGCUGAGGCUCAUGCAAAAGCCAAAAGCAAGGCAGAAAAGGAAGCUGAUGAGCUGAAACUCAGAAUGCAAGAAGAGGUCAGCAAGAGAGAGGUGGUUGCUGUUGAUGCAGAGAAGCAAAAACUCAACAUCCAGCAGGAGCUUCAUGAACUCAAAAACCUCUCCGAGCAACAGAUUAAGUCUAAAAGUCAGCAGGUAGAGGAAGCCCUGUUGAGUCGCACAAAGAUUGAGGAGGAAAUCCAUAUCAUCAGGAUCCAGUUAGAGGCAACAAUGAAGCAGAAAUCUACAGCUGAAGCCGAACUCCAGCAAUUAAGAGACAGGGCCGAAGAAGCAGAAAAACUCAGGAAAGCUGCCCAGGAUGAAGCUGAAAAGCUCCGAAAGCAGGUGAACGAAGAGACCCAGAAAAAGCGAAAGGCUGAAGAGGAACUGAAGAAGAAAACAGAAGCAGAAAAAGAGGCUGCUAAACAAAAGCAAAAGGCCUUGGAGGACUUAGAGAAGCUUAAAAUGCAAGCAGAAGAGACUGAAAGAAGGAGGAAACAAGCAGAGUUGGAGAAAGACAGACAAAUCAAGUUGGCACAGGAAGUGGCACAGAAAAGUGCUGCAGCAGAGCUUCAAAGCAAGCGAAUGUCUUUUGCUGAGAAGACAACGCAGUUGGAGGAAUCACUCAAGCAUCAGAAUGUUACUGUCAUCCACUUACAGGAGGAGGCAGAGCGUAUUAAGAAGCAACAAGAAGAGGCUGACAAGGCCAGAGAGGAAGCUGAAAAGGAGCUGGAAAAGUGGAGGCAGAAAGCUAAUGAAGCUCUCCGCCUGAGGCUCCAGGCUGAGGAAGAAGCCCACAAAAAAAGUGUUGCACAGGAAGAGGCAGAAAAGCAGAAAGAAGAGGCUGAACGCGAAGCUAGGAAGAGAGCCAAGGCUGAAGAAGCUGCUCUAAAGCAAAAAGAAAUGGCUGAGCAAGAACUAAUUAAACAAAGGAAAUUGGCUGAAGGGACAGCCCAACAGAAGCUUUCUGCUGAGCAGGAGCUCAUCCGCCUGAGGGCCGAGUUUGAUCAUGCUGAACAACAGAGGUCUUUGUUAGAUGAAGAACUUUACCGCCUGAAAAAUGAGGUAAAUGAAGCAGUUCAACAGAGAAAGCAACUGGAGGAAGAGCUUGCCAAAGUGAGGGCUGAAAUGGAUGUUCUUCUCCAGUUAAAGGCAAAAACUGAAAAGGAGACAAUGUCAAACACUGAAAAGAGCAAGCAGCUCCUUGAGGCUGAAGCAGGUAAGAUGAGGGAACUUGCUGAAGAGGCAUCAAAGCUGCGCUCUAUAGCUGAGGAAGCCAAGAAACAGAGGCAGAUUGCUGAGGAAGAAGCAGCCCGACAGAGAGCAGAAGCUGAAAGGAUUCUCAAGGAAAAGCUGGCUGCAAUCAAUGAGGCCACUCGCCUCAAAACUGAAGCAGAGAUUGCCCUCAAAGAGAAAGAGGCAGAAAAUGAGAGACUGAGAAGGCAGGCUGAAGAUGAAGCUUACCAACGCAAGAUCCUUGAGGAACAGGCAACACAGCACAAACAAGAUAUUGAAGAGAAGAUUAACCAGCUGAAGAAGUCUUCUGACAAUGAAUUGGAAAGGCAGAAGACAAUUGUGGAGGAGACUGUAAAACAGAGAAGGAUAGUAGAGGAGGAGAUACGCAUCCUGAAACUUAACUUUGAGAAAGCCUCAUCAGGAAAGCUGGACCUCGAGUUAGAACUGAACAAACUCAAAAACAUUGCAGAGGAAACACAGCACAGUAAGCUUCAAGCUGAGCAAGAAGCUGAAAAACUACGCCAGCUUGCCCUCAUGGAAGAGAAACGGCGCAGGGAAGCUGAGGAGAAAGUGAAGAAGAUCACUGCUGCUGAAGAAGAAGCUGCUCGACAACGUAAGGCUGCUCAGGAAGAAGUGGAACGUCUCAAAAAGAAAGCUGAAGAGGCUAAAAAACAGAAAGAGUUAGCUGAGAAAGAAGCAGAGAAACAGAUUCUUCUCGCCACAGAAGCUGCCCAGAAAUGCAUCAUUGCAGAAGAGAAGGCUCAGGUUGUUCUUGUCCAACAGAAAGAAGAUGAACUUUUCCAGAACAAAAUGAAACAAGAAUUUGAAAAGGCUAAAAAAUUGGCUGAAGAAGCUGAGAGGGCCAAACAAAAAGCAGAGCAGGAAGCUGCUCUCUUUCGUCAACAAGCAGAAGAUGCUGAACGGCAAAAACAAGCAGCCGAAAUCGAGGCUGCCAAGCAAGCCAAAGCUCAGGAAGAUGCAGAAAGACUUCGGAAAGAGGCUGAAUUUGAAGCCGCUAAACGUGCCCAAGCCGAGGCAGCAGCUCUCAAGCAGAAGCAGCAAGCGGAUGCAGAGAUGGAAAAGCACAAAAAGCUUGCAGAACAAACUCUGAAGCAGAAGUCCCAGGUAGAGCAAGAGCUGACCAAGGUGAAGCUGCAGCUGGAUGAGACUGAUAAACAGAAAGACCUUCUAGAUGAAGAGCUGCAGCGCCUCAAGGAUGAAGUCGGUGAUGCAGUCAAGCAAAAGGCCCAAGUGGAAGAAGAACUGUUCAAAGUCCGAAUCCAAAUGGAGGAGCUGAUGAAGCUGAAGCUGAGAAUUGAGGAGGAGAACCAAAGACUGAUAAAAAGAGACAAGGACAACACUCAGAAGUUCCUGGAAGAGGAAGCUGAAAACAUGAAGAAACUGGCUGAAGAAGCUGCUAGACUCAGUGUUGAAGCCCAGGAAGCUGCUCGUUUGAGGCAGAUAGCUGAAGAUGAUCUAGCACAGCAGAGAGCCCUUGCAGAGAAAAUGCUGAAGGAGAAAAUGCAAGCAAUCCAGGAAGCAUCUAAACUAAGGGCAGAAGCAGAAAUGCUCCAGAGACAAAAGGACCUUGCACAAGAACAGGCUCAGAAACUGUUGGAGGAUAAGCAGCUGAUGCAGCAAAGACUGGAAGAAGAAACAGAAGGCUUCCAUAAGACUCUAGAGGCUGAGCGCAAGAGGCAGCUGGAAAUAACAGCUGAGGCAGAGAAGUUGAAACUGAGAGUCUCGCAGCUCAGCGAAGCCCAAUCCAAGGCUGAGGAUGAAGCUCGCAAGUUUAAGAAACAGGCUGAUGCGAUCAGUGCUCGUCUUCAUGAGACUGAGCUUUCAACAAGGGAGAAACUGACUGUUGUGGAAAAACUAGAAGUACAGAGAUUACAGAGCAGCAAAGAGGCUGACGAGCUUCGCAAAGCCAUUGCUGAACUUGAAAAAGAGAAGGAGAAGCUCAAAAAGGAAGCUGAAGAUUUGCAGAAUAAGUCUAAAGAGAUGGCUAAUGCACAGCAGGAACAAAUUAAACAGGAAAAGACCAUUCUUCAACAAACAUUUAUUACAGAGAAGGAAAUACUUCUGAAAAAGGAAAAAUUCAUUGAAGAGGAGAAGAAGAAACUGGAAAAACAAUUUGAGGAGGAGGUUAAGAAGGCCAAGGCCCUGAAGGAUGAACAGGAGAGACAGAGGAAGCAAUUGGAAGAGGAGAAGAAGAAACUGAAAGCCACCAUGGAUGCUGCUCUUCAAAAGCAAAAGGAGGCUGAGCAAGAGGUUCUUAGCAAGCAGAAUGAGUUGCAGGAACUUGAAAAGAAAAGGCUUGAACAAGAAAAACUGCUCGCAGGGGAAAACCAGAAGCUUCGAGAGAAACUGCAGCAACUACAAGUUGUACAGAAACCAGCUGCACCUCAGACAAAAGAAAUGAUGAUCCAGACUGAUGAUGUUCCAGAAGAUGAACUAGUUAAUAUAACUCAGGUGGAAACAACCAAGAGCGUCUACAAUGGCCGAAGUCCCAGAGAUGACGUUGAUGGCAUCAAAGAGAAUGGAGAAGCAGGGCUAGCAUUUGAUGGAAUUAGAGAGAAGGUCCCUGCAAGCAGGCUUGUAGAAGUUGGCUUAUUAAGCAAAGAUCUCUGGGAUAAGCUAAAGAAAGGUAGCACCACAGUGCAAGAGCUAAGUCGGAAUGAAAACCUGAAAAUGUAUCUUAAAGGGAAAAACUGCAUAGGGGGGAUUUUGUUAAAGCCAAACAAGAAAAUGAGCAUCUAUGACGCUAUGAAGGAUCACAGAAUUGCUCCUGGCACUGGCUUAGUCCUGCUUGAAGCACAAGCAGCUUCUGGAUACAUCAUUGACCCAGUUAAAAAUAAAAAGCUUUCUGUUAAUGAGGCUGUGAAAGAGGGCCUCAUUGGACCUGAACUGCAUAACAAAAUGCUCUCUGCUGAAAGGGCAGUUACAGGUUAUAAAGAUCCUUACACAGGCAAUAAAAUUUCCCUCUUUGAAGCCAUGAAAAAGGGUCUUAUUGUCCAAGACCAUGCCAUCAGACUGCUGGAGGCACAGAUAGCUACUGGUGGAAUCAUUGAUCCCGUUAACAGCCACCGCGUGCCCAUUGAGACAGCCUUCAAGCAAGGCCAGUUUGAUGCAGAAAUUAACAAGAUUUUGUUGGAUCCUACUGAUGACACAAAAGGAUUUUUUGAUCCAAACACUCAGGAAAACCUCACAUACUUGCAGUUAUUAGACAGGUGCACUACCGAUCCUGAAACAGGCUUGUUCCUCCUCCCAAUUACAGAAAAAGCUGCUCAAAGUGAAAGGACAUACACUGAUGAAGAAACUAAAGAUAUAUUUAGCAAAGCUACUGUCUCUGUGCCAUUUGGGAAGUUCAAGGGGAAGACGGUCACCAUAUGGGAAAUUAUUAACUCUGAGUACUUCACUGAGGAACAAAGAAGGGACCUCAUUCGGCAGUACAAAACAGGAAAAAUCACAGUGGAAAAAAUCAUUAAGAUCAUUAUUACUGUGGUUGAAGAUGGUGAAAAGCAAAAAGAAAUUGCAUUUGAUGGCCUUAGGGCUCCUGUUCCUGCUAGUGAACUGCUAGAUUCUAAAAUUAUUGACAAAGACAUGUAUAACCAGUUGCACCAGGGAAAGAAAUCUGUGAAAGAGGUGUCUGAGCUCGAGCCUGUCAAGAAGUCCUUGAAGGGUACAAAUAGCAUUGCUGGAGUAGUGAUUGAAUCAACCAAAGAAAAACUGCCUUUCUAUCAGGCAAUGAAGAAAGACUUCAUAAGACCAGGAACUGGAUUAAAUCUGUUGGAAGCCCAAACUGCUACUGGAUAUGUAAUUGACCCAAUCAGAAAUCAGAAACUCACAGUAGAUGAGGCAGUGAAAGCAGGCCUUGUUGGCCCUGAAUUACAUGAGAAGCUACUCUCCGCUGAGAGGGCUGUAACUGGAUACAAGGACCCUUAUACUGGAAACACUGUCUCUUUAUUCCAGGCAAUGAAGAAAGACCUGAUCCAUAAAGAUCAGGGGAUCCGAUUGUUAGAAGCUCAGCUGGCUACUGGAGGCAUCAUUGACCCAGUCAAAAGUCAUCGUAUUCCACUUGAUGUUGCCUGCAAGCGUGGCUAUUUUGAUGAUGAAAUGAACAAGAUCCUCAGCAACCCAACUGAUGAUACCAAAGGUUUCUUUGACCCAAAUACUCAAGAGAAUGUCACUUACCUUCAGCUCCUGAAACGAUGUAUCACUGACAAAGAGACUGGUCUUCAGUUGUUGCCGCUUUCAGAACAAGCUAUUAAAGCAAAGGAGGAGCAGGCCUAUACAGAAGUCCAGACUAAAGAGGCUUUAAACCAAGCUACAUUAGAAUUACCAUCUGGACCCUUUAAAGGAAAGAAAGUAACCAUCUGGGAAAUAAUAAACUCAGAAUACCUGACAGAGGAACAAAGGAUUGAGCUAAUAAGGCAAUACAGAAUGGGUAAAGUGACAAUUGAGAAGAUCAUUAAAAUUGUAAUCACUAUCAUUGAUGAAAAAGAAACAAAAAAACAAGAGCAGGUCAGCUUCAAUGGCCUCAGAGCUCCUAUCCCUGCCAGCUCGUUGCUUGACUCCCAGAUUAUUGAUAAAACUACUUAUGAUCAGCUGCAGCAAGGCAAAAAGACACCAAAAGAAGUAAGUGAAAUUGACUCAGUGAAGAAAUACCUGCAGGGGACUGACAGCAUAGCAGGAGUUUAUGUUGAACCUACAAAAGAAAAAAUGAAUAUUUAUGAGGCUAUGAAGAAAAAACUUUUAAAACCCAAUACAGCCCUUGCAUUGUUGGAAGCACAAGCAGCAACUGGUUUCAUUCUUGAUUCAGUCAAGAAGCAGAGGCUUACUGUAGAUGAUGCAGUGAAAACAGGCAUUGUUGGCCCUGAACUUCAUGAAAAACUUCUUUUGGCUGAAAAAGCUGUGACUGGCUAUAAAGAUCCUUACACUGGUAAUACAAUCUCCCUAUUUCAAGCAAUGCAGAAGGACCUUACAGUGAAUGAACAUGCCAUUCCACUCUUGGAAGCUCAAAUAGCCACUGGAGGCAUCAUUGAUCCAGUAAAUAGCCAUCGUGUGCCUGUUGAAGUAGCCUAUAAGCGAGGCUAUCUGAGUCCUGAAAUGACCAAGACUCUCUCAGAUCCGUCAGAUGACAGCAAAGGUUUCUUUGACCCCAAUACUAAUGAAAAAGUCUCUUACAAACAUCUGAAAGAAAGGUGUAUGAGAGAUCCAGACACAGGCUUGUGCUUAAUACCCCUUUCAAAAACAGAGGCACCAUCUGUGGUAGAGAAGACUUUCAUAUAUACUGAAGAACAGACAAAGAAUGACUUGGCAAAUAUGCAAGUUGACAUACCACAUGAAAGCCUUGCUGGAAAAUCUGUGUCCCUGUGGGAUAUCAUGAACUCAGAUCUCCUUCCUGAAGGAGAAAGGCAGAAGCUGCUUGAAGAGUAUCGCUCAGGCAGAAUUACAAAGGAGCGCAUGAUCAUCAUCAUUAUUGAAAUAAUUGAGCAAAGAGAAAUCAUAACGCAACAGCAGCACAUCUCUUGUGAUGUGAUUCGGCGAAGAGUUACAAUUGAAGAGUUAUAUAGCGCCAGGAUCAUUGACCUAGAAACCUACAAUUUGUUGAAACAAGGAAAAAAGACAAUUCGAGAAAUCAUGGAAAUUGAGAGUGUGAAACAUUACCUGUUUGGUACAGGGAGUGUGGCUGGUAUUCUGGCUGAUUCUGGUAAAGAGAAGAUCAGCAUCUAUCAAGCAAUGAAAAGAGGUCUAAUUAAGCCUGAAAUAGCUAUGGGUUUACUGGAGGCUCAGGCAGCAACAGGGUUCAUGAUUGACCCAGUGAAAGAGGAAAUGCUAACUGUUGAUGAGGCUGUGCGAAAAGGUCUUGUGGGCCCUGAGAUCCACGAUAAACUUCUUUCAGCUGAGAGAGCAGUCACAGGUUAUCGGGAUCCUUACACUGGCAAAAUAAUUUCCCUCUUCCAGGCAAUGAAAAAAGACUUGAUUCCAGAAGAGUAUGCUCUGAAGUUAUUGGAAGCACAGAUUGCUACUGGUGGCCUAAUGGAUCCAGAAUACAACUUCCACCUUCCAAUAGAUGUUGCUUUGCAACGUGGAUACAUUAAUAAAGAGACAAAUGAAAGACUUUCUGAUCCAAACGGGGACAGUAAAGGGUAUCAGGACCCAGUUACAGAGGAAAAGCUUACUUAUGCACAGCUGCUGAGAAGGUGCAAAGUUCAAAAGGACAGUGGUCUCCAUUUGCUAUCCCUGGCAGAUAGGAGGCUUAUGUUUAAGGGUCUGAGAAAGCAAAUCACAAUAGAAGAAUUGUUGCGCUCUGAGAUUAUAGACCAAAAGAUAGUCAGUGAUCUCAAUGAAGGCUUGACUACUGUUGAAGAAGUUAGCAAGGGACUUCAGAAGUACCUAGAAGGCACAAGCUGCAUUGCUGGUGUGUAUGUAGAGUCUAGUAAGGACGUUCUCACAGUCUAUCAAGCCAUGAAAAAGAACAUGAUUAGACCUGGAACUGCGUUCGAACUUCUGGAAGCUCAAGCUUCUACUGGUUAUGUGAUUGACCCAAUAAAGAAUAUGAAACUGACUGUAAAUGAAGCAGUGAUGAUGGGGAUUGUUGGCCCCGAGUUCAAAGACAAGCUUCUCUCUGCUGAACGAGCUGUAACAGGUUACCGAGAUCCCUAUUCUGGCAAGACAAUCUCUUUGUUCCAGGCUAUGAAGAAAGGUCUUAUCCUAAAAGACCAUGGCAUUCGUCUGCUGGAAGCCCAGAUUGCUACUGGUGGUAUCAUUGAUCCAGAGGAAAGUCAUCGCUUGCCGGUAGAGGUGGCUUACAAACGUGGCCUGUUUGAUGAAGAGAUGAACAAGAUACUCACUGAUCCAAAUGAUGACACUAAAGGUUUCUUUGAUCCAAACACUGAGGAGAACUUAACUUACCUGCAACUAAUGGAAAGGUGCAUUACAGAUCCUGAGACUGGCCUUGUUCUUCUCCUUCUGAAAGAGAAAAAGCGAGAAAGGAAAACAUCCUCCAAAUCAUCUGUCCGUAAACGGAGAGUGGUCAUUGUUGAUCCAGAGACAGGCAAGGAGAUGUCUGUUUAUGAGGCUUACCGCAAAGGACUAAUUGAUCAUCAGACCUACAUGGAGCUUGCAGAGCAGGAGUGUGAGUGGGAAGAAAUCACUAUCUCCUCCUCUGAUGGUGUUGUGAAAUCCAUGAUCAUUGACAGGAGGUCUGGCAGACAGUAUGACAUUGAUGAUGCACUUUCUCGAGGCCUCAUUGAUCAGUCUGCCCUGGAUCAGUACCGGGCUGGCACUCUAUCCAUCACAGAAUUCGCUGAUAUGCUGUCAGGAAACAUGACUGGAUUCCGCUCCAGAUCUUCCUCUGUUGGGUCCUCCUCAUCAUAUCCUAUGAGUCCCAUCCCUGCAAUCAGGACUCCAGCUACCACGUGGAGUGACCCCACUGAAGAAACAGGCCCAGUUGCUGGGAUUUUGGAUACUGACACUUUAGAGAAGGUUUCUAUUACUGAAGCCAUGCACCGAAACCUUGUGGACAAUAUCACUGGUCAAAGAUUGUUAGAGGCUCAGGCUUGCACAGGAGGAAUCAUUGACCCCAACACUGGGGAGAAGUUCUCAGUUGCUGAUGCAUUGAACAAAGGACUUGUGGACAAGAUCAUGGUUGACCGCAUCAAUCUAGCCCAGAAGGCCUUUAAUGGUUUUGAAGAUCCCAGAACUAAGACAAAAAUGUCUGCUGCCCAAGCAUUGAAAAAGGGCUGGCUUUACUAUGAAGCUGGUCAGCGAUUCUUGGAGGUACAGUACCUCACCGGUGGGCUCAUUGAACCUGAUGUUCCUGGCAGAGUACCACUGGAUGAGGCCAUUAGGAAAGGCACUUUAGACGCACGUACUGCACAGAAGCUUAGAGAUGUGAGUGCUUAUUCCAAAUAUCUAACUUGCCCCAAAACAAAGCUAAAGAUUUCUUACAAGGACGCGAUGGACAGAAGUAUGGUCGAAGAAGGUUCUGGCCUUCGUCUCUUGGAGGCGUCUUCGCAGUCAACCAAAGGGCUAUACAGUCCCUACAAUGUUAGUGGAGCUGGGUCAGCCUCAGGAUCCCGAUCAGGAUCCAGGACAGGAUCACGAUCAGGCUCAAGACGGGGCAGUUUUGAUGCAACUGGUUCUCCCUUUUCUAUGACAUUUUCAUCCUCCUCCUACUCUUCAGCAAGCUAUGGUCGCCGAUAUGAUGCUGGACCCCAUGGUGGGUUGAAUAUGGCAGAACUUGCGCAAGCUCUCCUCUCUGUGCAUAGGAACUGCAGCUCUGAAGAACAAGCAGUCUUCAAAACAGUACAGCCAUUGCACUCCGCACCUCCUGGCUUUAGCAGCAUGGGGAAUUCCUUCAGCAGGCCCAGUUGCUUGGGGCAGAAGUCAAAACAGAUUAAGUCAGAGGAGGACAUCUUGAAGGAGUGCUACCAGUCCAAGAAAGAACCAUUCGGUGAAGGCCAGGCAGAGGAGAACCUAAAGGAGAAGAAUAAUGCCGAAGUGCAGAGUUCUGCUGGGGAUAAACCUAGGAAUACCACCACAAUUGACAAUGCCUGGUCAACCACAUCUGGUAUCAUCAAAACCCCUCAAAACGGCACUCUCCCUAAGAAGAACAAUGUGGAUUUUGGGAAGCAGCCUCCUAGUUUGAUUGAGAAAGGAUUGGGAGAAAAAGCGGCUGGUAUCCAAAGAAGGAGCUCAGGAAGCCCCUGGUCCUGGAAGCCCCUAGCCACCAGAGAAGUGACAGAAGUGACAGAAGUGACCGAGACUAUUGUGACAGAAAUCGUAGAAGUGACGGAGUAUCCAUCAGGAGACAAGGGGGGGGAUCCUGUCGUCACCAGGACAGUGAGGAUCCUUACUGAUGCUGCUGAAGAGCUGUCUGAGUUGCAAGGUGAUGGACAUUCAAGUUCAGAUCAGGACACCACUCUGGAAAGGUGGAGCAAAAUUAACAAGAAGGCUGCCCAGUGUGCCUUAACUCUGAAAGAGGGUUUGGAGGACUCCAGAGCAUUUCAUCAGCACCUUGAGGCCUUGCUGACUUGGGUUUCUGACAUAGAGGACCUGAUGACCAAUCAGAAGACACCAUCUUCAGAGCUGAAAGUCGUGAAAGCCCAGCUUCAGGAACAAAAGUUACUACAGCGCUUGUUGGAAGAUCGAAGACCCAGUUUGGAGCUCAUGAUACAAAAUGGGCCCCAGUUUGUUGAGCAAAACCGUGACCUCGACAGAGAGAUGGUUCUCAGACAAAUUUCCCUACUGAGGGAGAAAUGGGAAACUUUGCUUCAGAAUGCAGAAAACAGGGACAGUAGAUUGGUGCAGAUCCUUCCUAAGGCACAGGGAUUUCAGGAGAGCAUGGACAGCUUCCAGCAGUGGCUCAUUACUGUGGAGCAGAACCUCUCCGAGCUCCGAACCACAGAGAAAGGCAUGAGCCACAUCCAGGAGUCCACUGUUCAAGCCAAGGUUGCUCUUGAAGAAAUAAAAUCCAAAAGCCAGAAACUUGAGGAAGUCUUACAAAAAGGGUUUGAAUUGAUGGAAAAAGUAUCAGAGGAAGAAUUGCAGCUUGUCAAGGAGAAGAUUGACAGCCUCCGGAUCAGGUACUCGGUCCUCAGCGUGAGCAGCUCGGAUCUCCUGCAGAGGCUGGAGCAAGCUCUGGAGGCCUCGUCCCGGUGCACCUCCAGCCAGGAAGACCUGACCCUGUGGCUGGGAAGGGUGGAGAGGGAAUUGGGGAACUAUGAAAGCCAGAUCGUUCCAGCAGAAACCUUCUUCAGUGCCUUGGACAAGCAGAGGCUUGAGCAAGCAGUGGAGAAGGAACUGGGCUGGUUUGAAGACACGGCAGAGAAACUAGAGGAAUUCAGGAGCAUUAACCUGGAAACAGAAGUCAUUUCAUCCCAACUCUAUGAUCAGAAGAUACUGGCUGUUGAGAUUAUGCAGCACAGAUAUAAUAUAGAGAAAAUCCUGAAGAUCUUUGAAGCUUUACUUAGUUACAGUGAAGAACAUGAAAUACAACCCUUACAGAGCCAGCUCAACUCCUUGAGGGAACAAUGCCAAUCCACAUCACAGAGAAACUCCAACGUGGUUCUGCAGCUCGAGCAUGCUCAGUCACUGCUGUCCCAGUUCUCAGAAGCCCACGCUGAGGUGUCCCCAUGGUUACAAGAAACCCAGACUCUUAUUGAACAGCUGUCGUUGCAUACCAUUAGUUAUGAAGCAUUCAAAGAACAACAGGACCUGUUACAGGGCCUGAGGGAGUCCAUUGCAGAACACAAGCCCUUGAUAGCGCAGUUGAAGUCUGUGAGCGGUCACCUGCGGGAAAUGAGCCCCAGCCAGGGGGAAGCUUUUGCAGCAAGAGCCCAGGAAGCUGAGGAGCAGCAUAGCAGGAUAAAGGAGAGGGUGCGGCAGGCUGCCUGCAUCCUCGAGGAGGCUCUGCCACGAUACACGCAGCUAUCUGAGAGGAUGACCCUAAUGGCACAGAGUCUGGACAGGCUUUGGAGCCGCCUGCAGACCCCUGUCACUCUGCAAGGGCAGACGGCAAGGAUCCAGGAGCAGCUCCAGGACAACAGACACACACUGUCUGAGCUGGCGAAGCUGGAGCUGGGCCUCAAGAAUGUCAGAGCACAGGGGGCAGAGCUCAUUGCCAACGCAGAAACAGCUGGCAACAGCUCCAUCAGCACAGUCAUUGAGGAUCAUGUGUCCAGCCUUGGUCGGCAGUGGGAUGAAGCUCAAGCUCAGGCUCUAGACAGGGAGAAGUGGCUCCUGAAUCUACUCAACUUGGCCACUAAGUUCUGGAGCGACCUGAACGACCUCACUGUUGUCUUGAAUGACACUCAGCAGAUAGUCUUGGAUCUGAAUGGGACCAGAUCAGAUUCAGAGACCAUCCGACAGAGCCUGGAAACCAUGCAGUCUGUUAGAGAAGAUAUAGACAGCCUGCAGGGUGAACUGGACACACUUGGAAUUCUAGGAGUGGACCUGAUGUCAGCCUGUGGGGAUACUGACAAGCCAGACGUCACCAAAAGCUUAGACGAACUUUACUGCACAUGGAAUAACCUGAGCAAACUGUGGACUGAGUGCUACAGCAAGCUGGAGGAAUCUCUUGAGGCUGCAGUGCAUUAUAAAAACAUGAUUGAGAGGCUGUUUGAGUGGCUGAAGUCCGCAGAGCUGAAAGCUGCUGAAGAAUUUAUGGUUGGGGUCAACUUGGAGACAGUAAAGCAACAGCUGUGUGAUUUAAAGGAGUUUAAGAGCGAACUGUACCAGAAGAAGAUAGAGAUGGAGAGUCUGAACCAUCGCUUUGUCUGCAGGCUCACUCUGGGCUUUGAACAGGAUGCUGUUGGUGCUCAGCUCUCGGACUUCCGCCAUCGCUGGGACACCCUGGAGAGGGAGACCGUGAGCAGACAGCACCAGCUGGAGUCCGCACUCCUGGGUUUGGGUCAGUUCCAGAACACCCUGGAUGAGCUGCACACCUGGCUGACACACACAGCUGGCCAGCUGCAGGGCUACCGGCAAAUCAGCAUCGACCUGCAGACCUGUGAGAUCGAGCUCGCAAAACACAAGGUGCUGCGGAAUGACGUGAUGUCCCACGCGCGCACUGUGGAGUCCCUGAACCUGGCGGGCAGGGAGCUCCUGGAGGCCGGGACGGGGGACAGCCCCCAGGGGCUUCAGGCCCAGCUGGAGCAGCUGAACGAGCGCUGGGAGUUUGUCCGCUGUGAGACAGAGAGGAGGCAGCUCGAGCUGGAGAACAACCUCAGUCAGGUUCAAGAUGUGACCAUGGAAAUCCAGGAUCUUCUUCAGUGGCUGGAAAACACAGACCUUAGACUUUCAGCCACCAAACCAGUCUGGGGACUACCGGAAACUACAAAUGAGAAGCUCUCAGCACAUCUGGAGCUGUGCAAGGAAAUGGAAUCGAAGUUACAUACGUACAACAAUGUGAGGGAUGCCAUCCAUAGACUGCUGGACAACAAUGAUGUUUCUCGAGGCUCCAACACAGAACAUAGUCUUUGCAUUCUGGAACACAAAUGGGAGAGUGUCUAUAGCAAAGUGCAAGAAAGGAAGGCUAAGUUGAAUGAAGGGCUGACUUUGUCGAAGGAGUUUCACAGCACUGUCCAGGAUCUAUUGAAGAAAAUGUCUCAGAGUGAAGAGGCCAUUAGUGCCUUACCUCCGCCCAGUCUAAUCCUGGACACUGUCAAUGCUCAGAUACAGGAACACAGGAUGUUGGUGACUGAAGUAAACUCCUACAGUGACAAAAUGACAGCUGUUGAGAGUGUAGCAGUACGUCUUAAAGAACUGAGCAGGAAGGAAGACUGCAAUGUGAUACAGAAUCUCACAGUGACUGUAAAAGACCGCUAUGGAAAACUUUAUCAGCGCACUGCUGAGAGAGGAAAAGCUCUUGAUGAUGUGAAGAAACAAGCUAAACAGUUCACUGAGUCUUGGCGACUCUUGGUGGACUGGGUGGCGGAAGUGGAGCAGACUCUGGAUACACACAAGGAGAUUGCAGUGUCACAUGAGGAAAUCAAACAGCAGCUCGCAGAGCAGAAGGAAUUUCAGAAGUUGUUGAGGUCGAAGAGGCCAGUUUAUGAAGCCACCUUGAAGAGUGGUCGCACUCUCAAAGAGAAAUCCCAGAGUCCAGCUGACCGGCAGCAGUUGGACGAUCUGUUGGCAGAGCUGAGAGAUUCCUGGGACACCAUCAGUGGGAAGUCCAUGGAGAGGCAACACAAACUGGAAGAAGCACUCCUGUUUUCAGGCAGAUUCACGGAUGCUCUCCAAGCCCUAAUGGACUGGUUGUAUAGAGCUGAACCACAUCUAGCUGAGGACAUGCCUGUUGGAGGAGAGAAGGACCUGGUUGCAAAUUUAAUUGACAAACAUAAGGUUUUCCAGAAAGAGCUGGGGAAGAGAGCUGGCUGUAUAAAGACCCUGAAACGCUCAGUGAGGGAUGUGAUGAAGAACAGCAGCAUGGAGUCCCAGUGGCUGCAGCAGCAGAUGGAGGAGCUGGAGUCCCGUUGGGAGGUGGUGUGCAGGCUGUCCGUCUCCAAACAGGCCAGGCUUGAGGCUGCACUCUGCCAAGCAGAGGAAUUUGACUCUUUGGUCCAUGUGUUUCUGGAGCGUCUCUCAGAAGUGGAGAGGGCCCUGAAGUACACUGUUAUUCCAGAGGAGGAGACUGCUGUACUGGAGCUUCAUAAACAGCACCAGGAAGCAAAGAAGUCCCUGCAUUGCCAAGAGAUGGAACUGGAUUGCAUCAAAUCCCUCGCAGAAGAGAUAUUGUCGUCCUGCCAUCCAGACUCUAUCAUAACCAUCAAGUCAUGGAUCAGUGUCACUAACACCCGCUUUGAGGAGGUCCAAGCCUGGGCCCUGCAACAAGAAGAACGUCUCAAAGUCAGUCUGUCCACUCUGGAGGCUGAGAGGGAGGAGGUGCAGAGGCUUCUAGACUGGAUUUCAGCAGCAGAGGAGUCUCUUACCUUGAGGGACCAGGAGCCUCUUCCAGAGAGUAUUGAGCAGGCUGAGGAGCUCAUUACGCAACACAUGGUCUUUAUGGAUGAGCUGAAUCGAAAGUUGCCAGAUGUUGAGAAUAUCAAUAAGUUCAGCAAACAAAAAUUUAUUCCCAAACCACAAACAACUUCAUCUCGAAAAACAUCAACCAAGCGAAGGAGUGCUGCGAAGACCCAACCCACAGCAUCAAUCCCUCUCGAGAAUCUGGAGCCACUGACCCCUCAGCUCAGUCAGUUAGUUAGCAAGUGGCAAAAACUGUGGCUCUUGGCUGUAAAUAGGCAAGGCCGGCUUCAGGAGCACCUGCAAAGACUCCGAGAGAUGGAGGAAUUUGCCAACUUUGACUUUAGUCUCUGGCGCAAGAGGUACAUGCAGUGGAUUAGCCAUUUGAAGUCCAGAAUCCUGGAUAUCUUCCGCAGCAUUGACAGAGACCAGGACGGCAGAAUUAGCCAAAGGGAGUUCAUUGACAAUGUCCUGGCAUCAAAAUUCCCCACCAAUUCAUUAGAAAUGACUGCCGUAGCCAAUAUCUUUGAUAUAAAUGGUGAUGGGUUUAUUGAUUAUUAUGAGUUUGUGAGCGCUCUGCAUCCUAGCAGAGACCCUUUCAGAAGAGGCGCUGAUGCUGAUCAGAUCAAUGAAGAGGUGAGUCGACAGGUCUCUCAGUGUAACUGUGCUAAGAGGUUCCAAGUUGAACAAAUCAGUGCCAAUCGCUACAGGUUUGGUGAUUCCCAGCAGCUGAGGAUGGUUCGAAUUCUCCGUAGCACCCUUAUGGUACGAGUGGGAGGAGGCUGGACAGCACUGGAUGAGUUCCUUGUAAAGAAUGAUCCUUGCAGAGUUAAAGGCAGGACAAAUCUGAAGAUAAAAGAGAAGUAUUUAUCUUCAGAUGUUUUUGGCUCCUCCCCGCUGAGAUGUGGGGGAAACCAGUCCUCCAGAGUCUUGUCAGCAAGCCGGUCCAACUCCAGCCUGAGCCUGUACAGCAGUGUUUCUGCUCCCAGCAGCCCCUUGACCAGGAAGUCUGUCCUGAGGAGGAGUCUCUCAGGGGACCGGUGUGCUCGACCAAGGAGCUCCAUUGCUGCUUUAGGGACUGAUCUCCAGUUCGCUGUCACGAGUGACUGCGACCCUCCAGGGCCCUCAGGUGAGAUGCCCCAAGCAGAAGAAGAGAAAUCUGGCUCCUCAAGCAAAGAAGAUAAAGAAAGACUCCCUACGUGAUCUUCAGAUUCAGACAACAAGCUAUACCAGCCUUCAGGACCUCAAGACUGCAGAGAUUCGGUCAAAAGCCCAAACAGUGGGGUCCUCAGUGCAAGAAAACAACAGAGAGAACAGAAUUGAGUCUCAAUAACUAGAUGAUUCAGCGGACGAGCAUUCGAAAGAAGACCCACAACUAGUUUAUUGUUAACACAUGGAGAGGUUACUCCAGAAUAUGUUCUUCACUCCUUAGGCUACUGAUUAUUGGACAUCUUUCAAUUGAUAGAGAUUUUUAAGGUCUUUUUAGUUGUACAAGUCUAUCGUUUAAUUUUGCAGAAACUGCAUAUUAUCAAUUUUUGCCAAUUACCUGAGAAGCAGGCAGAUUUCUUGGCAUGUGAAGCAUGAAUUUUAGAGGCACGGCUUGAUUCAACGUGAAAAUGUUUACAUUUUUUGUCAAAAUUAUAUUGAGUUGAUUAUACUAAUGUUUUAUAGCCACAGCAAAUUGCCAUUUGCCCUUCUUGAAAUCAGACAUGAAAAUUAUUACUUCAAAAUUGUUUUUAAAACUUUUGAUCACUAAUUUGAGAUAUCAUUAGAGAUAUCACUGCAACCUAGACCUCACCAAAUGUCAGAUAUUGUGGUAUAUUGAUUAUUUCAUAUCAGUUGGAGAUUUCCAGUUUUUUAAUAAGAAAACUCUUAUAGUUAAAGUUAUGUCUUUAACUAUAUUAUAUUACUGAAUGUGCUGUAUCUAUUUCCCCUUAGAAAUCACUGGUAACACUUAUUAAAGAAAAGGAAACACACUCACUUGGGUCUCUUUCUAGAAAUGGAGGUCUGCGGAUGUUGACUUUUCUUAGAUACGUAGACGUCUAUACUUAAGUGUAAUUUCGAUCUGCAUUUCCAUUGUUCAUUUCAUUUACUCCAACAUAGAUUUGCUGGAAAGUGUUAAGCGACAAAAUUUUGUUUUACACUUUACAUCCAAGGGCUUAUUCCAGUAACAAAAAAGACCUCAUUCAUUAUACAGAAUGACGUGACGGGUUCUCCAUUAUAUCUGUACCAAAAAGCCAGACGAUGGAAUGCAACAGGUGCAAAAUCACUGAACAAGAUCAUUGAACUUGUUAACUGUAUUAAAUGUAAGUACUCAGACAUAAGUGGGGCAUGCUUGAGUUGAAUUGUAGCUCUGCCAGUUAUUUACAUGACCUGCAAGGCCACUGACAAUAUUAAUUAAAUAAUGCCACCUAGGACAAGGAAAUAAAACAUUGUGUACUCUAAUCCAUCUGGUUGAAAAUAGGGGAAAAAAUAAGGCAGCACUGAGGUGCCCCUUACAAUAAUGAUGAUAAGGGGUAUACUUACACUUGGCGAAAAUCAGCCCAUCAAGAAGGCAAAUCCAGGUAAAGCCAUCAGACAUCUCCAACAUUCCUAAAGGUCCUCUUUGAUACCAAGUGUCCCAGUGAUGGAGAAAACUGUCUGGGAUGCCAUGCAGUAAUGAAAACACAGAGAGAUAAUGACUUUAGAUGUGUAGUAUUAUACCAUGAACAUUGUCUUUUUGGGGAGAUAUAAAAUGUUAUUUUGCAUUUUUAGGAUUUGUAUCAUUUUCCAUUUUAUGUUGUGCAGCAAGUCUCAGAUUCACUUGGACAAAAGAUGACGGCUCUCCAAAAUAUUUUCAGGUCAUUAUUCCUUUGUGAAUUAUUUCAAACCUUUUAGCUAACAGGCGUGUUAUUAAAUCUAGUGAAAAUUUGUUAUUCCCUGUCACUCUUCUUAAAUCAAAAUGACCUCUGCUGCUUUAUUCUUACUUUCUCUAUUUUCUUCUGUAAAUAAAACAAAAUUUGAUUUCUCUUUCAUUUGUGGGGGGUUUAUACUGCUGGCAGAACCCAACUUUCAUUUUACAGAAAGUUAAAAUGUACUAACUUUAAGUCUCCUGGACCUGAUUCAUGUAAUCUAGGCAACCUAGUGCAGUAACUAAAACUUUUCAGAUUAAAAAAAAACACAGUAAGUGUAGACUUUUUCGCAAAGAAAGUAUGUAUACGUGGACAUGUUGAUAAAAAAUAUUGUUGAUCUGCAAUUAUGAAUAUCUGGUUUCCAUUAUGAGCACUGCAUGUUUAUCUUUCAGAUUAUUUUUGUUAUUUCCAAAAGGGAAGUUGACACCUAUAAUUUGUGUUCAUUUCCAACACGUUGUAUAGUUAAAACUGUAAAAAAAAUUCAGUGCUGCUAACAGUUAAGGUUAGUGUACAUAGGUUCUUUUCAGAAUGCAGUGUUGCCAAUUAACUCCUGAGACAUGUCAUAUGAUAAAAGGUAUAUAGAUUGUAAUUAUACACAUUAACAGAAGGGCACAUUUUCUGUAUUUCUGAUUAAAAGAGACAACAUGCUAAAAUUAACUGGAAAUUUAAAAUAUAACGUUAGCCUACUAUGUAACCACUAUGCAUCUGAUGCCUGUACUAUACAUGUUAAAGGUGAUACAUCUCAAUUUAGCAUUCUAAGACCUAUAUGUAACCUGCUGUAAAUGUAGAAUGUUACUAAUUACUAUAUAAAGUGUAUUGUAUAAUACAUUGAGCAGUUUUGUAAUACAAAAAACAAUAAAAAUGCCUGAUUUUGUUUUCUAGA